CGACAUCGGUGCACCAGACGUCACUGGGCGUCUGGAGGACCUUUCAUGGCUGUCAAGCCUCACCAAUCUGCGCUCUCUUGUGUUGAAUUACGCGUUUAGUAUGAGCGGGGAUCUGUCAUCCCUAACCUUUCUCACUACUCUCAGAGCCAUGCAACACCUCACCAUUGCAAACAACAUCGAUUGGACUGGGGAGCUACCAGUGUCGCUCGGAACCCUCACCUCGCUCACCCAUCUGGACUUGCAACGCCUUACAAGCGCUCAGUUCCCCCGAUGGGUCAUGGACUUGACAGCCUUGCGAUACCUCGACGUGUAUCAUGACAGUCAAUAUCGCACCGGAGUGGUGCCGCAAGACCUAUACCGUCUCAGUCAACUGCAGCACUUUGAUGCAUCAGGCAACGGAUUGGUUGGUUCACUUCCAGAGUACUGGACCGCUCUGAACCACCUCACCUUCUUGUCGCUUGCAAACAACAAGAUUGAAGGCUCCAUUUCGUCCACAUUAUCUGGCUUAACCUCCUUGAGCACGCUAGACCUGAGUGCCAACAGCAUGGACGGCACCAUUCCACGAGUCUUUGCUACCACUCUCAGUAGCCUCAACCUCGAGAGUAAUGCCUUCUCUGGCCCCGUGCCAGCCUUCCUCGGCUCCCUCACUGGCCUCACAUACAUGCGCCUGCGUGAAAACAACUUCACGGGGGCGAUUCCUGAGUCUUUUACAAACCUCACCAACCUGCCUAAACUGUCGUUUUCUGGCAACCAGUUGACGUCUGGGCUUGACGUGGUCGAGAGGAUGACAUGGCUUGAGGCACUGCAGAUUUCUUACAACAUGUUUUCGGGUAGUUUCCCCAGUCUUUCGUCCUUCCCUCUUCUCAGUUUCCUGGAAUUUCGCGGCAACUUUUUUCAAGGGUCGUUUCCUGCAGCUCUGCUGAAGCUCACCAAUCUUAUGUCUCUAGACGUUGGGCACAACCAGCUGCAUGGGUCCAUUCCUGACGACAUAUCUAAAUUACAGAAGAUGGCGUAUCUAAGUCUUGACAAUAACAACUUUCAUGGGGAGAUCCCUCUUAGCCUCUUUACCAUCACAGGAAUUUCUGACUUAUAUUUGAAUGACAAUCGGCUAGGAGGAAGCCUGCCCAGCCCAUUAGUAACAGGAUCCCUUGUCCAAUUGCACCUUCAAGGAAAUGGAUUGUCGGGCCCUCUUCCUGAUUUCGCACGAUGGAACACGUCUCUCGUAUACUUGCUUUUACAAGACAACAACUUUACAGGGUCCAUACCGCAGUCAAUCAGUACGCUCACUUCACUCGCCAUGAUUUCCUUGGCCAACAACCAGCUAUCAGGGACCGUACCUACAUCUCUUACGGCCCUCACCAAUCUCGCGGCCAUAGACCUGGCGGCCAACAGCAUCUCAGGACCCUUACCCACUGGCCUCGGGGCCCUCUUCAAGCUCAUUACCCUGUCCUUAUCUGACAAUCAGCUCACGGGGACUCUCCCUCCUUCCAUGUGCAACCUCACCAAGCUAGAACGGCU